GAGGAGGUAGAGGAAAUGUUAGGAGAGAGUCCAGGGGGUCUCUCUUGCAGGGUGUUUCCCAGAUUGAGAAGAAUGCUAGGGUUUGGGUAAGAGAAAAAUUGACCAGGGGGAGGUACACAAGACCAGGGGAAACCAGUUAAUCAUCACUGGAGCUCUGAUAAGCCUCUGCCAGCUGGACAUGGGGUCAACAUAGUCAGAGACAAAAGAUUUUGUGAAGCCAGAGGAUCAGUCAAGACAGAGUGGCUGGAGCUCGAGACCAUGCCUGGGACAAAACGGUUUCGACAUGUGAUCGAGACCCCUGAGCCAGGCAAAUGGGAGUUGUCUGGCUACGAAGCAUCCUUGCCAAUCACAGAAAAGUCGAAUCCUCUGACCAAGAAUUUAGAUAGGGCGAAUGCUGAACAAAUCGUACAGCUCUUGGGGCAGUGUGAAGCUGAGAUCUUCCAGGAGGAAGGACAAGCUGUGCCUGCCUACCAGCGGCUCUACAGUGAAUCGAUCUUAACAACCAUGGUCCAAGUGGCUGGAAAAGUUCAGGAAGUACUGAAGGAUCCUGAAGGGGGGCUUGUUGUUCUGAGUGGAGGGGGAACUUCGGGCCGGAUGGCAUUUCUUAUGUCGGUUUCCUUUAACCAACUAAUGAAAGGCUUGGGACAGAAACCUCUCUAUACCUAUCUCAUUGCAGGGGGUGACAGGUCUGUGAUGGCCUCUAGAGAGGGAACUGAGGAUAGCGCCUUGCACGGGAUUGAGGAACUGAAGAAGGUUGCUACAGGAAAGAAACAAGUAAUUGUCAUUGGCAUUUCUGUUGGACUCUCUGCUCCUUUUGUGGCUGGUCAGAUGGAUUUCUGUAUGGAUAACCCAGACGUCUUCUUACCUAUUUUGGUAGGAUUCAAUCCAGUAAACAUGGCAAGAAAUGAUCCCAUUGAGGACUGGAAUUCUACAUUCCGUGAAAUUGCAGAAAGGAUGGAGAAGCUUCAAGAGAAACAGAAAGCAUUUGUACUCAACCCUGCAGUUGGGCCUGAAGGACUCAGUGGUUCUUCCAGAAUGAAGGGUGGAAGUGCCACCAAGGUCCUUCUGGAAACUCUGCUGUUGGCAGCACACAAGACUGUGGAUAGGGGCAUUGCAGCCUCUCAGAGUUGUCUCCUGGAGAUCUUGAGAACAUUUGAACGAGCACACAAACUCACCUAUGGCCAAAGCCCCAAGAUUGCAUCACUGAUGAAGCAAGCAAGCUCCAGUCUGCAGAAGAAGGGCCGAGUGUAUCUGGUUGGUUGGCAGACUCUAGGUAUUAUUGCCAUCAUGGAUGGAGUGGAGUGCAUACACAGCUUUGGUGCAGAUUUCCAAGAUAUUCGAGGCUUCCUAAUUGGUGAUCAUAGUGACAUGUUUAAUCAGAAGGAAGACAUUGUUGACCAGGGUCCACAGUUCUCCUUCUCCCAAGAAGAUUUUCUCAAUUCCAUCCUGCCAUCCCUCACUGAAAUUGACACUGUGCUUUUCAUCUUCACCCUGGAUGACAACCUCACAGAAGUGGAAACACUGGUGGAGCAGGUGAAGAAGAAGACUCCUAAUAUCCAAGCCCUGGUGCACAGCACAGUGGGACAGUAUUUACCAUCCCCACUGAAGAAGUUCUUUCCAUCCAUUAUCAGCAUCACCUGGCCCCUGCUUUUCUUUGAAUAUGAAGGAAAUUUCAUCCAGAAAUUCCAACAUGAGUUGAGCACCAAGUGGGUGCUGAACACAGUGAGCACUGGGGCCUUUGUUCUUCUUGGGAAGAUCUUGCAAAACUAUAUGUUGGACCUACGAUUGCGUAACUCCAAGCUCUUCUGGAGGGGCUUGGCCAUGCUGCAGCGGUUUUCAGGACAGCCCAAGGCUCAGUGCAUUGAGAACCUACUCAAGGUCAUCUAUUUCCCUGAAGAAGUGUCAGAGGAGAUCCUGGCAGCCCCUAUUUCCCGCCAUAUUCAGAUUGCCCAUGAGAAGGAACAGGUUAUCCCCAUAGCACUACUGACCCUCCUAUUUCGAUGUUCCAUUCCUGAGGCUGAGGCCCAACUUGCGGCUGCCCCCUCUGUCUGCGAGGCCAUUAGGAGUGCCCUUCUGCGGGUUGGUCGGAAGCGCAGUGCUGACUCAAUUGAAACUCUCAAGUCAACCCUUGGCUAGUUCAACACAUGAGAAGGGAACCCAGUUUAUGGAGUGGGGGGACAUCACAGAAGGAGGGGGAAAGAAAGCAAAAUACGUUAAAGCUUGGGGUAGCAGAGUCCCUGGAAGGGGGUACUUCUAGGAGGUAUAUUCCACCUCAGAUUUGGGAGAAAUGUCUCUUUUGUUACUCCCCUUGUUUCCUUCUCUGAAAAAUGUGGCAAUUGGGCUAGAUGAGCUCUGAUAUUUACCUUCCAGCUUUCCAAUCCUGUGAUGCUGUGCUAAAAUUCCUGGCUGUAUAAUACGUAUUUCUGAUCUUUGCAGUCUGUUCCUAUUUCAGAAAUAAAAAACUCUUCUGCUUUUUGUCUCAUAAA